AUGUGAAACUGCUGACCCAGCGUGAAGGGAGGGAAGGCAAGAAAGGAGAAGCAGCCGCCUGUUUCCUUUCGCCACCAAAAAGCGAAAUAUGGACGGAACGGACAUUGGCUGACUCUUGUGUGUGUUGGGGGGGCGGUUUUGUGAGAGGCAAAGUGUGUCCCUGUUGAGCAACCCAUCGCCCUGUCUCCGCAGUGCUUCAGUCAAGGCCUCGAGCAGAUCCUUCCGUGCUGUUUUACGGGGUCGUCAACUGGUUGCAAGACUUUCCAGGAUGUUAAGCACCAAGGCGGCGAUGUGGGCAAUGCUGCUGUGGUUAUCUGCAGCCUGGCGGGUUACUGCUGCGGAGACCUGUCAGGGACCCACACUUAUCCCCGGGAUCCCUGGCAUGCCAGGAGCGCCGGGGACCAAUGGCCGAGAUGGAGUGGAUGGGACGAAGGGCGAAAGAGGUCCUCCAGGAAAGGUGGAAAACUACAGAGACCUCGGGGAACUGGGUGACCCAGGAGAGCUGGGUUAUCCGGGCAAAGUGGGCCCAAGAGGAGGAGCCGGUUCCAAAGGCCCGCCGGGUCCUCCCGGCCCUCGUGGGCCCAAAGGGGAUUCCGGCGACUACAAGACCAGCCUCAAUUCGGCCUUCUCCGCCUUCCGGACCAUCUCCAUGCUCCCUCGGCGAGGGCAGCCCGUCCGCUUCGACCGCCUGCUCACCAACGUCAACCGGCACUACGAGACCCGCUACGGUCGCUUCACCUGUGAGGUCCCGGGCCUGUAUUACUUCACCUACCACGUCAGCUCCCGGGGGAACCUGUGCCUCCACCUGAAGAAGGGCCGAGGCAGCGAACGGGGAGAGAGGGUGGUGGCCUUCUGCGACUUCGUGUACAACACCUUCCAGGUCACCACGGGAGGGGUGGUGUUGCGCCUGGCCCGGGGCGAAUCCGUCUGGCUGGAGCCGACAGAGAAGAACUCCCUGAUCGGGGGCUUGGAAGGGGCCGACAGCGUUUUCUCGGGCUUCUUGCUUUUCCCCGAUAGCUAAAGAAAACCUUCCGGCUCACGUCCAACUUGAUAGUACCAGAUGUGGCUGAGCUGAUCUCAGAAAGCCCCUGCCCUAGAAUGCCACUUUGGCCCCAUUCCGGAUCCCGACCCGCCUCUCUCUGACCAAGCCCAGCGUCCAAGGGACACCCAUCCCCGUAUCCUUCUGAGAAAAAAUAAACACCAGUCCAACAGAUCUCUGUGCUUUCCUUGAAAACCAAUAAAGGACUCCUUUUGCUUUCA